AUGACGUUCCACGAGCUACACUCUUCAGGGAAAUAUCUUCGACGUUCUCACGUUCUUCAGAGCAUAACUUCUUCAGAUGCAUCUCAAAUUCAUCAGACAAUGUGCAAUCAAUGUGCAGAGAGGGAAUCCGUUCCUAAGCGGCGAUUCUUCUGCGACGGAUUGCCGCGUGACAUUUGGAGACAAUGUAAGGAUGAGCUGCGGUGUCUCAAGUGCAUGAAACGGUACAGUGAUUGGCGCAGCCUACGGAAGCACAUGAACUUCUUCUGUCAGAUGGAACCGCUCUACCCCUGCCCGUACUGCUCCCAUAGAGCCAGGAUUCCUACCUUAUUGAAGUAUCACAUUGUUCGCGAGCAUGUCGGCCUUGCGUCGAUUGAGCAAUCGCAUUAA